AUGUCGUUUGGUGUGAAGUUUGACUUGGCAGAGCACGGGGUGGUCCCGGAGAGUCAUCCUGAGUGCACCGAGUGGGUGCUGCAGCGACUGCAGGCGGAACUGUGUUUUGAUGUGAAACACGUCACAAGCAAGCAACUCCGCCUCAUCAAUGAGUUUCUUGUCGGGGAUGAGGAGCUUCACACAAUCUUUUGCUACUACCGCGCGGUUGCGGCGGAGUACGUCGCGGAUGGUGACGAGGGAUCCUUUGUGCUGAAGACAGAGAGUGUGUCAAUGGUGCCGGAGUUGUGCAUCGUUGACGGGGUUCGGGGCCUCUCGGAGCGUGCCACAGUGAACGACAUGUGCACGGACGUGCUGUAUUUUGUGCGGCUUGACCCCGACCGUUUGAUUGUGCCGGAAAACAUUGACAACUCCGUUGUGUGGGGCACAUGUCGUGGGGGAAAUAUGCUGGAGUCGUUGCUGCGCACACUGCAGUUUGUGCUCACGCCCACGCUGCUGCGUAAUCGGUGGCCCGACAGCAUUGAGAAGGAUGUGCACUCAUCGCUGCACCGCUUCAUGGCAUCCAUGGUAGAGAACAUCAAUCGACUGCGCGGACGUACCGUGCUGUACGUCCCAAGCGACCUUGCCACAGGAAUAGCAGUCGAAGAGGCCCACCUCGACCGCGAAAUUGUUCAGCGGUUUGAGGCUGCGGCGAUUCAUUGGACGCGGCAGAUCAAAGAGGUCGUUGGUGACAAGGACGUUGGCCUCAACGGAGACGCCGCAGGACCAUUGGAGGAGAUCGCCUAUUGGCGUUCCCGCGCUCGUGACUUGGGAAACAUCCGUGCCCAGCUGAAUCGCCCAGAUGUUUCUGGUAUCGUGCAGGUGUUGCGGGAAGCAAAGUCCUUCUACUACUUGGAACCCUUCCUGAACCUGCGUGCGGAUAUUGAAAAAGGCACCGAGGAGGCGUUUGACAAUCUGCGCUUUUUGAACACACUGCUGGAGCCAUGUACGAAGCUGUCCAAGGCCAGUCCAAAGGAGAUUCCAGCGUUGAUUCCUGAUGUACUUAUUCAUGCUCAGCUUAUCAUGAUUUACUCAAAAAGCUACAAGAAGGAACGCUUUUUCCGUCUCCUUCGCAUGAUCUCCAAUGAAAUUAUUUACCGCUGCAGCCAGAAGAUUGAUGUCCCGGCCAUUCUUAACGGGGACGUCGCCGACAGCAUGGUGGCGCUGCAGGACAGCGUCACUGCGGGGGAGGCAUGGAUUCGCGAGUGCCACAAAAUGCUUGCAGCCACGCGUAAGCGAUUUCGGGUGGAUAGGGGCGAUAAACUUGACAUUGAUGAAUCCUUUUUAAAUGAAAUCGAUGGAUUUGUGCGGCACCGCUGCCAGAACUUGCAUGAAAUUUGUAAAGCGCAGCUGCAGUUUGGGUUUAAGGGCGUUCACUAUGAACAAAGGCGGAGUGGCGAGCGCAUUGGUGCGAGUCGCCAUGGACGCAACUCACGCAUUGGCUCCUUGGCAGAAAACCGCGCCGUUGGUGGUGACGCCCACUACGGUGUACCCAUUGAGGUGAAGGAGCUGGACCAGCGGACAAUGACUCUGGCUGAACUUUUCACUGGACGACUCCCCAUCUUCAGCGGCAACCGCGGACCCGAGAUUGAGUCGCAGCUUGUGGAUAUUCAGCGGGCUUUUAAGGCCAAGAUGGAGAUGCUGCGUCAUCUAGACUACGACAUCCUUGACGUCAAGUCUACGCGCUGGGUCGACGACUUUCGUGCACUGAAGGUGGACAUUGACAAUCUCUCCAUGAUGCUGCAGCAGAUCAUAGCGGUGGCCUUUGACAGCUUCAGCACAACCGAGAUGGGGGCGGAGUACAUUGAGGCCUUCUACAUGGUAGCACGGGGAGAGGAGUUGCUGCUGCAGCUGGAUCGAAGCAAGGAUCGUGUCUUUCGCAUGGUUGGGGCAGGUGUCUCACUGGUGCAGGGGAAUCUUCAACGAUAUUUUAAUAAACCACCACCUAUUUUUUACCUCCACCCUCCACUUGUGGGGCACGCCAUGUGGUUCGAGAACCAGGCCCGCUUCUUGGAGAGUAGUUUGAGCGAGCUGAGACACUGCUACUACCUGCGUGAUUCGCCGGAGUCGUCAGAGGUUGCGCUACUCCAUGACCGCCUUGAUCGCUCCCUGUACGAAAAGGUGCGGCAGAAUUACCUGGAGUGGAAGAAUAACUUGCCAGCAAACCCCAGCGAGUACCUGGAUCGCUUUCUUAUCACCAAGCGUCUGAGUAGCGUCAAGAGCGCGUCUACGCUCUACGAUGUAAACUUUCCAUCGGAGCUGCUUCUUCUUUUUGCGGAGACGCGUUACUGGCAGAGCUUGGGUGAGGUCAUUCCGGCACAAAUCUCUGACAUUGUCUCCAAGGAGGAACGUCUGCGUGUGUUCCGCGAACACGUCUCGCUGGCAGUGCGGGCGCACAACAACGUGGUGCUUUCACUGACGAAGGAGGAGUGCCGUCUGUUUGCGCAGCGGCUGAGAUUUCUGGAGAGCAAAUACAUGCCCGGCAUGUCGCGCCUGUGGUGGAACUCCCAGGGUAUUGUGGAGUACUUUGUGCGGGAGUGCCACCAGCAGGCGGAGCGGGUGCAGCACAUCGUGGAUGAGUUUAAGUACAGCAUUGAGUACGUGGAUCACCACUGCAAGGCGAUUGCCAACACAGUCGCCGUCAUCUUUGAGAAGAAGCGUGUAUACACCAUUGAAGCCUUUGUGGAGAAGCAGCAGAAGCACCGUGAGGUGGUGCUUGAGAAGCUGCAGACUAUUCAUCAGCGGCUAGUACGUAAACUGUACGAGCUGCUGGGGUACUUUCGCGAUGACUACAUGGAGGAUGUGGCUGUGCAGAGGGAGUGGCACCGGCACAUCGGCAAGGUGGAGCUCAAGGUGGAGGAGGCGCUGCGGACGAUGGUGAAGCGCACCUUGCAGGCGGUUGAGCGUGCGUUGCCGCAAGAGCCCUCCGACGACCGCAUAGAGGAAAAAGUAUUUAGGCUCGACGUUGUUAUUGCCGUGACAAACAGCACCAAGCCGCACAUUGAGUCUGUCCCCUCAGUGGAGGUGCUGAGCCACCAGGUGAAUGGGGUCUGCAAGGAGAUUAUUGGCAUCGUGAAACAUAUCCCUCGCCUGGAGGAAAGUCUCCGCGCCUGCAUCGCCAAAGAGAACGCGACGGAGAACGAGUCCCUUACGCGCACAACACUCCGGUACGUGAACCCGAGCGAGGAUAGCGUGGCCCUGCGCGGCACCUACUUUGAGUACAUGACGAGCGAGCAGGACGCCAUUUACUCUCUGUGCCGUAUUCGUGAGUCCUUUGAGGCCGUUGAGGAAAAGGUUCGCGACAAACUGAGCCAAACGUGGCAGCUGCAUCAAUCUGGCACGACGGACAGCCUGUGGACGACGCAAAAGCAGGAUCGUCGUAUCAAGCAAGGCUGGAAGCUUGAGGAUUACCGAGUUCAUAUGGACCACGUGGCCCAACGGCGCGAGGGCAUCAACAAGCAAGAGACCUUCUCGGAUGUCCUCUUUCUACAACUGGACUUCACCAAGAUGAAGGAUAGCUUCCGGGUGCAGUGCCAGCUGGUGAUCAAGCACUACCACAGCCUGCUUUACGCGGAUGCCAAGGAGGAGUUGAACCGCAUCUACAACCACUUCAGCACGACCGUGCAGGCACUGACGAAGGAGCCGCAAACGUUAGACGAGCUUGAGGAACAGAUCAAAAGGUGCACCUCCGCUGUGGAGUCACUGCCAGAAAUUUCUGCAAACUUUGAACCCAUUACUGAUACGUUUGUGCUCAUCACAAACGACCUCUACAACCACGGCAACGUGAACCGCGAGGACGUGCGCCGCUGCGAGGAGUUGCCGGCGGCCUUUGAGGAGUACUCGGAGCAGCUUGUCAAGGCACGGCAGCUACUAGCCAAGUAUAAGGAGCAGUUCCGCAAUGACUUGGAAACAGACUUGCGUGCGCUGGUGUCAAACUCCUACGCACUGCGGCAGAAGGUGCGGGACGAGGGCCCAAGGUUGUACAGUUUCUCUACAGCAAACGCCUUUGCCCAGCUGGGCACCCUUGAUCGCCGCGCCAGUGAGCUACGGGAGACGGAGAAGGCGCUGCAGCAGGGGAUUAACAUAUUUCACCUGGAAAAACCCCCACUGGAUGAGCUUGUGGCUGCAGAGGUGGAUCUGAAGGUGCUCCGCACGAUUUGGGAGUUGUGUGAGGAGUGGCGCACUGAGAGCCGCAAGUGGCGCACCAUGUAUUUUAUGCAUUUGAAUAGUGACACCAUGCUUGACGUCUCCGAGCGCAUCCGGCGGGAGCUGCUGCGACUGCGGAUGGAGCUGCAGAUGACCGAUGUCUGGGCGAAGCUGAAGGAGGAGGUGGAGCUCAUGAAGCGGCUGCUACCGAUUGUGGACGACCUCCGAACGCCAGCGAUUCGGCCCCGCCACUGGCAGUUUUUGAAGGUUCAGCUUGACGCCAAGUUUGACAUCUCGGACGAGAAGUUCUGCUUGAAUGACUUGAUGGAGGCACGUGUGGAGGCGCACGCGGAGUUUGUUGUGAACCUCGCCACCUCUGCCCGUGAGGAGAUGAAGAUUGAGAUGGACCUGGAUAAGAUCCGCACCUUUUGGGAGGAUGCAGCCUUUGUGAUUGAACCCUACCAGGACUACAACAAGAUCACUGGCGUGGACGACAUCAACAACGCUCUCGCGGAGCACCUGGCGAUGCUGAGCUCGAUUAAGAUGUCACGAUUUGUGGACAGUUUUCGGCCUAAGGUGGUGCAGUGGGAGCAGGUACUCUCCAUCGCAACCGACACGAUUGAGGCACUCCUGUUGGUGCAGACCAAGUGGAUGUACCUGGAGAACAUCUUCAUCGGCAGCGAGGACAUCAAGCGCAAACUCGCCGCUGAGUCGAAGAAGUUUGAGGGGGUGCACUCGCAGUGGAUCUCCAUCAUCAUGCGCCUCAUCACUGACCCGAACGUGGUGCGAGGCACGCGACGAGACGGGCUGAUGGAUCAGCUGAACGGCAUGAACAGCGAUCUCGAGGUGAUACAAAAGGGGCUUGAGGGCUUCCUCGAGGAUCGCCGCCGCGUGUUCCCCCGCUUCUACUUUUUGUCCAACGAUGAUCUGCUGGAGAUUCUUGGCCACACAAAGGAGCCCGCAAAGGUGCAGCCUCACCUGCGUAAGUGCUUCGAGGGGUUGUAUCGCCUCUCCCUCAAUACGGUGCGUAGCCGGAUUGUCGCCGAAGGUAUGUCCUCCUCCGACGGUGAGUCGAUAGCGUUUGUACCCUACGUCCAGGUUGAGGGGCUGUCGGUGGAGACCUGGCUGCGACGGGUGGAGCUGAAAAUGCGGGAGAUGGUGCAGAAGCGCAUCAACGCCACCUUGGAUGAUCUGCAGAGCAUCUUUGAUCCAAAGCGGCCUACUUCUAGGGAUAACUUAAAAGCAUGGGUCGAACGUAACGAGGGUCAGUCACUCAUCACCUCAGCCUGCAUCAACUGGACACUCCUGACAGAGCUCGCCAUCAUGGAGUAUGGGGAGUUACACAGCAAUGGUCUCAGCCUGCAGCGUCGAAAGGCCUCCCCUCUCUACAAGGUCUACAAGCGAUGGAAAGGGCUUAUCAAAAGGUACUGCCAGCUUGUUCGUCAGCCACAAAGUCGCAUGCAACGUAAUAAGUUGGUCGCACUCAUCACAAUUGAGGUACACUCACGGGAUAUUCUCCGACAAGUGCUGGCGUCGCGUGUGCAUCAGGUCGACGACUUUGAGUGGUCACGGCAGCUACGUUUUUACAGGGAGGAUGGUGACACAGCGGAGCGCCCCCAGGACGCACCGAAGGUGUGCAUCGUGCGACAGACCUCUGCGGUGGUGCGCUACGACUAUGAGUAUCUUGGUAACAGCGGGCGUCUUGUCGUCACAGGACUCACAGACCGUGCAUACAUGACGUUGACGACGGCGCUGCAGCUGCAUCGCGGGGGUCUUCCGCAGGGACCUGCAGGGACUGGCAAAACAGAGACGGUGAAAGAUCUUGGGAAAGCGCUUGGCAAGUAUGUCAUGGUGUUUAACUGCUCAGAUGGUCUGGACUACAGGUCGGUGGGGCGCAUGUUGAGUGGCAUUGCCCAAACAGGCUCCUGGUCCUGCUUUGACGAGUUUAACCGUAUUGAGGUGGAGGUGCUGUCUGUGGUGGCCCAGCAGGUACUGUCUAUUCUCAGCGCUGUGGCGGAGCGGAAGAGUCGAUUUAUGUUUGAGGGCUCUGACAUCGCACUCAACAUGAACUGUGGGUUGUUUGUCACAAUGAACCCCGGCUACGCGGGUCGUUCCGAAUUACCUGACAACCUCAAGGCGUUGCUGCGCCCCAUCUCCAUGAUGGUACCGGACUUUGCACUUAUUUGCGAAAUCACGUUACUCUCCGAGGGCUUUGAGGAGUCGGAGGUCCUCUCAAAGAAGGUGUCUAUCCUGUACGAGUUGAUGGAGAAGCAGCUGUCCAAGCAGGACCACUACGACUUCUCGCUUCGCAACAUCAAGGCCGUGCUGGUGCAGGCAGGUAAUUUGAAGCGCGAGGACUUUCCCGGGACGGAGUCGCAGCUCUGCCUCAAGGCUAUGCGAGACAUGAAUCUGCCCAAGUUUGUUAAGGAGGACGUUCCCUUAUUUGUCAGCAUGUUGAGUGAUCUCUUCCCUGGGGUGCAUCCGGAGGACAGUGGCCUGGACGACCUACGGGAUGCUGUAGAGAAGGAGCUUGAAGACGAGGGCCUUGAGAUGAAUGCACACAUCGUGACCAAAGCCCUGCAGCUGUGGGAUACCCUCCGAACACGUCAUGGUGUGAUGGUUGUGGGGCAGACAGGCUCCGGGAAAACGGUGACGUGGCGCAGCUUGAGUGGGGCUCUGCGGCUGCUGAAGGAGCGUGGUGUGGAACCUGGCUUGUAUGAACCGGUGCGUGUCUCUCUCUUAAACCCCAAGUCGGUGACGAUGGAUGAGCUGUACGGCAGCUACAAUCAGGCCACACGGGAAUGGAAGGAUGGAAUUCUCUCAGACAUCAUGCGAAGCAUCUGUCGCGAUGUGUCAGACCCAACGUACAAGUGGAUGAUGUUUGAUGGCCCUGUAGACACACUCUGGAUUGAGUCCAUGAACACGGUCCUCGACGAUAACAAAAUGCUAACCCUGAACUCUGGCGAACGCAUCACUUUAAACCCGACCAUACGCAUGCUGUUUGAGGUGCAGGACCUCUCCCAGGCCUCCCCUGCCACUGUCUCGCGUUGCGGCAUGGUCUACUUCAACGUGGAGGAUCUUGGCUGGCAACCGUUUGUAAAGACGUGGCUGAAGUCUCGCUGGAAGUUCGAGAUUGCCAUGGGCGCCCCACGGCCAGAUGAAACCAUUCAGGAGCUGGAGGAGUACAUCAAGACAACCGUGACCCGCGUGCUGGAGUACCGCCAGAUGGAGUGCGAGGAGCUUUUCCCUACCUCAUCGUUGAACGUCAUUCGCUCCUUUACACGUAUGUUUGACGCAUUGGCAAACGUGGAAGCCGCCCCAUGUGUCCCCGGUGGUGCCACAUACGCCACCUUCCACGCUGGGGAUAUGUACCUGCCGCAGGUACGCAUCAUGGCAACCUUUUGUCUUAUGUGGUCUGCCGGUGGUGCACUCACCGUGGAGUCGCGCCAGAAGUUAGACGCAUUUAUCCGUGAGUUGGACUCGUCCUUCCCCUCUACGGAGACGAUCUUCGAACACUUUCCCGACCUUCGUGUGGCUCAGUGGAAGAACUGGAACAAUCACACGGACCUGCAGAAGCCGUACGUGCCCCCGCCAGAGACCCCCUACCACCGGCAGAUUGUCCCAACGGUGGACACAGUGCGGUAUCAGUACAUCGUUGGAGAGCUGGUGCGGGGUCAGGUGCAGUUGGUGCUGGUCGGCACCACAGGCACGGGGAAGUCUCUCACUGCGCGUCAGGUGUUGCGCGGUCUCAGCACUGACACCCAUGUCUCCACGCAGCUGAACUUCUCCGCUCAGACCACGGCAAAAAAUGUGCAGGAGAUUAUUGAGGGGCGUAUGGAGCAUAAAUCCAAGAAGGUCUGUUGUCCACCAGGUGGUCGUCGCAUGAUUUGCUUCGUCAAGGACCUUAACAUGCCAGCGAAGGAGAAGUUUGGUGCCCAACCCCCGUUGGAGUUGCUGCGGCAGUGGAUCGACAAUGGAUAUUGGUACGACUGCAACACACGUUCGCGGCGGAAGGUGAAUGACUUGCAGCUUCUCUGCUGCAUGACUUAUGGACGGCCAGAUAUCACCCCUCGUUUGAUGACGAAGCUUAACGUGUUGAACAUCACUUUCCCGUCGGAGUCGGUUAUCACGAAAAUCUUUACUGAAAUCCUCUCAAAUCGCCUAGAGAAGUACCCUGAGCUGCACAAGUUUGUGGACGCCCUUGUGAAGGCAACGCUGCAGACGUAUCAGCGCGUUUCUAGCGAUUUACUGCCCAUUCCAAGCAAGUCGCACUACCUGUUCAACCUUCGUGACCUCAGCAAAGUCUUCCAGGGUAUCUACGGCUGCUAUAUGGAGGGGCUUCAGUGCAAGGAGCACAUAGUCGCACUGUGGGUGCAUGAGUGCUUGCGUGUCUUUUCCGAUCGCAUGAAUGACCCCAAUGAUAAGCAGUGGUUCCGCAACCUCAUCCACGAGAAACUCGCUAACAUCUUCCAGAUGAAAUGGAGCAGCAUCAUGCGGGCACGCUCGCGCGAGGCACGCUUGCAACCACUGAACGAGAACGAAAGUCCAAUUUUUGUAGACUUCUUGGACGGGGAGUAUGACGAGAUGGCGAAGUAUAAACUUGUGCCAUCCAUGGAAACCCUCCGUGAGAAGGUGGAGGAGUGGCUGGAGCUGUUUAACGGCGAGCCCGGCACACAGCAGAUGAAUCUUGUCUUCUUCACAGACGCUCUGGAGCAUCUUUGCCGCAUUCACCGCAUUAUUCGUUUGCCGCGCGGCAAUGCUCUUCUCGUUGGGCUUGGCGGCAGUGGUCGCUACUCCCUCACUCGCCUUGCCACGUACCUCGCCGGCUACACCAUCUUCUCUGUGGAGAUCCACAAGAAGUACGACUCGGACCGCUUUCACGAGGACCUGCGCUCCCUCUACAAGGCGUGUGGGCUGAGGCUGCAGCAGAAAGUUUUUUACUUUUCCGACAACCAGAUCAUGCAGCCGUCGUUUCUAGAGGACCUGAAUAACAUGCUCUCCACCGGCGAGGUGCCCAACCUCUUUCAAAAGGAUGAGUUGAAUAAUAUCCGCGACGCCGUUUUUAAGGAGGCGAUGUUGAGUGGGUGUCGCGACAGCAUCGAUGAGAUUUACAACUUCUUUAUUGACCGUGCCAGGCUGAAUCUGCAUCUGGUGGUUGCGAUGUCCCCAGCGCAUAAACUGUUUCGCAUUCGUCUUCGCCAAUUUCCAGCUCUCGUCUCAUGUACGUCGAUCAACUGGUUUGCAAAGUGGCCGAACGAGGCGCUGCGGGAGGUGGGUCUACGCUACCUGAAGGAAACACGCGAGAACACAGAGGAUGAUGUUGUGUUGGAGGAAAUCGCGGACGUCUUUGUACACAUGCACGACACCACUAGUACCAUAUCGCAGGAGAUGCUGGAGCAGAUUCAUCGCUACAACUACGUAACCCCAUCCUCCUACCUCGACCUGGUGCGCGGGUUUCGCAAGCUGCUGAGACAGCAGCGGGAUGAAAUUCUUGAGCAGCGUGACAAGCUGAAAAACGGUAUGGCAAAGCUUGAGGAGACCAAACUUGCCGUGGGGAAAAUGACGGAGGAGCUAAAAGUGCAGGACGCAAAGUUGCAGGAGAAGACCGAGGAGGUGAAUCGGGCCACGGAGAGUAUUCAAAUUCAGCAGCAAAACGCAGAGGAGCAGCAGAGUUUACUGGCCUCAGAGAAGGUGAAGAUUGAGCAGACAAAACGGUCCGCGUUAGCGGAUCAGGCGGAGGCGCAGGCAGAUUUGGAUCGGGCGAUGCCAACCCUCCUUGAGGCGCAGGCGGCGCUGGAUAAACUUGACAAGAAUGAUAUCAACGAAAUUAAGUCCUACAAAACACCCGCAGUAAUGAUUCGAACGGUGAUGGAGGCGGUGCAGACGACACUGCGACGCAAACUUGACUGGGAUGAGGCGAAGAAGUCUCUUAGUGAGGCCAAAUUUAUUGACAUGCUUAAACACUACCACGAGAACAACGACAUGACGGAUCAAAGGCUGCUUGACAAGAUUGAGAAAUACGUGAAACGCCAUGAAUUUACUCCAGAGGCAGCAAGCGUGGUAUCUAAGGCCGCUGGUGGGUUGUGCCAGUGGGUGAUUGCCAUUCACAAGUACGGCAACAUCUACAAGGAGGUUCAUCCAAAGAUACUAAAGAACGAAAACGCCCAGCAGAAGGUGCGAGCGCAAGAGGAGAUGCUGCGACAGAAGGAAGAAAAGCUGCAGCGUAUUGUGGAUGAGGUGAAAAAGCUUGAGAUUGCCUUGCAGUUAAACAUUGAUGAAAAGACACGCCUCAUGGCGGAGGCAAAGGAGACCCAGGCGAAACUUAACCGUGCUUGCAUCAUCGUUGACGGCCUUGAAGGCGAACGGGAUCGCUGGACCGAGUCGAUCGCCCGCUAUGAGGCGGCACUGGGAAAUCUCGUAGGCGACACACUGCUUGCCUGCGGCUUCCUCUGCUACUCCGGCGCCUUCACCGCGGAAUACCGUCUGAAGCUGUGGCACAGCUGGAUCAAGGAGAUUAAGCGGAUGCAAAUUCCCAUGACACAGGGCUUUGACUUUGUGGACUUUCUCGCCGACCCCACGGAGGUGCGUGAUUGGCAGCAGGCGGGACUCCCGGGUGAUGACUUUAGCCGAGAAAAUGGUGCUGUGGUGAUGCGAGGCACUCGGUGGCCGCUCAUGAUUGACCCGCAGCAGCAGGCGAUCAAGUGGAUCAAGCGUAUGGAGAAGGACUGCGGGCUGAAGGUGAUUGACCAAAAACAGCCCGAUUUCCAGAAGACGGUGGAGUACGCGGUGCACUUUGGGUGCCCCCUGCUGCUGCAGGAUAUCAUGGAGGACAUCGACCCUGUGCUCGACUCCGUUCUUGCCAAGGCGUUUGUGCGACGGGGAACCAGGACGAUGCUGAAGGUUGGGGACAACUUCGUGGAGUACAACGAGAACUUCAAGCUGUACAUCACGACCCGUCUCUCGAACCCGCACUACACGCCGGAGACAUGUACGAAGGUCUGCCUGCUGAACUUUGCGGUGCGGGAGUCGGGGCUGGAGGAGCAGCUGCUGAAGAUUGUUGUGGAGAAGGAGAAGCCGGAGCUGGAGCACGAGAAUGAGGAGCUGAUUCUUGACACGGCGGCGGCGAAGAAGGAGACCAAGCGUCUUGAGGACGAGAUCUUAGAUCUUCUCUCCACCUCGCAGGUCUCACUGCUAGAAAAUAAGAAGCUCGUUGACACACUGCAGUCCUCUAAGGUGAUUGCCGCAAAUAUUAAGCAACAACUAAAGGAGGCGGAGGUGACGUCGGAGAAAAUUCAAAGUGCGCGUGAACAGUACCGUGAGUGCGCUCGCCGUGCCUCCAUUUUGUACUUUGUGUUGGCUGAUCUUGCCUCCAUUGAUGCCAUGUACCAAUUUGCCUUAGACUCGUACAUCAUUCUCUUCCAGGGCAGCAUUAAGCGCUCGGCGGAGAAAAUAUCCACGUACACGCUGGAGGAACGUGUCGUAACGCUCAACGACUGGCACACAAACGCAGUGUACGCAAGCGCCUGUCGUGGACUCUUUGAGAAGCACAAAUUACUCUUUGCGUUUCACAUGACGAUGCGCAUUUUACAGGCUGAGGCUCGUGUGAACCUGGAGGAAUAUGUCUUUCUUAUGCGUGGGGGGCAGGUGCUUGACAACCAGGGUCGCCUGCCAAACCCUGCACCAUCGUGGCUCUCCGAGCGUGCGUGGAGCCACAUCCUCGAGCUGGACAAACUGACGAACUUCCACGGCAUCGCCACAUCCUUUGAGCAGGCGCAUGAGUCCUGGCAUGAAUGGUUUGUGCAGGAAAACCCUGAAGAUGCAGACUUGCCGGAGGAGUGGAAGGCGCGCACCGCGGAUAACUACAUUCAACGCAUGAUAUUUGUUCGUUGCCUUCGCCCAGACCGCGUCAUUUUUAUGGUGUAUGAGUUUAUUGAGAAGCAGCUUGGCUCCCAGUUUGUGGACCCCCCACCAUUCAACCUGAAGGACACCUUUGACGAGAGCACCAACGUCGUGCCACUUGUGUUUGUGCUUUCGCCGGGUGUGGAUCCCACGACCCAGUUAGCCUCACUCGCUCAGCGGGAAAACAAACAUCUGAAGAUGCUGGCACUUGGCCAAGGUCAGGGCGAAAACGCCAAGCGGGCGAUUCAGGAGUGCGCACAGAACGGUGGGUGGGUUUUCCUGGCGAACUGUCAUUUGAUGGUGUCGUGGCUGGUGGAGCUGGAGAAGAUCGUUGAUGACUUGUCGGAGCAGCGGCCGCAUGACGCGUUUCGCCUGUGGCUCAGUUCUGUGCCGACGCCUCACUUCCCGAUUGGGAUCCUGCAGCGGGCAAUUAAGAUGACGACGGAGCCUCCAACGGGCAUCAAGUCCAACAUGAUGCGUCUCUACAAUCAGUUCUCGGAGGAGCAGUUCGUGGAGCACGCCGGCGAGCACCCAAACUUCUACCGUAGUCUUCUCUUUGCGUUGUGCUUCUUCCACUCCGUGCUGCUUGAGCGGCGCAAGUUUGGGAACCUUGGCUACAACGUGGUGUACGACUUCACCACCUCUGACUUUGAGGUGUCAGAGAACAUUAUCUCGCUCUACGUUAACACGAUGCCAUCAGACCGUGUGGAGGACAUCCCCUUUGUCACGAUUCGUUACCUCAUUGCGGAGGCUUCUUACGGUGGCCGCGUCACCGACGACUGGGACCGGCGUGUGCUCAACACCUACAUCACCCAGUUCAUGUGUGAGGCGAUUAUCACGGAGGAGCGCUACCCGCUUUCUUCGGCCGCUGAGUACUACAUUCCGAAUGAGGCCGUGAAUCUGCAGUCGUACAAAGAUGAGUGCAUGCAACUGCCCAUCACAGACCCUCCAGAAGCCUUUGGACAACACGCAAACGCCGACAUUUCAAGUCGUGUGGCGGAGUCAACGAUGUUGCUAGAAAACCUUAUCAGCGUGAACACAACACUGGCACGUUCUGGUGGCGCAAGUAUAAACUCGGCAAAGGCGGUUUCAGAUGAAUUACGCUGCCUCAAGAUUCUCGCCUCGUUGGAGGAACCGAGCACAGCCGCCAUCCCCAACCUCAUUGAUUAUGACGCGGUGUACGAGUCCGUCAAGGAUGACACCCACAAUGCCCUUAACACGUGUUUGUUGCAGGAGAUUCAGCGGUAUAACGUGCUGCUGCGCAAGAUUCACGCUCAGAAGGUUGAGCUUCGCCGUGCGGUGAAGGGUGAGGUGGUGAUGAGUGAUGAACUUGAAACGGUGUUUAAUGCGCUCCUGCUGGGUCGUGUCCCGCCACCGUGGACAAGCGCGUACCCAAGUGUGAAGCCUCUUGCGAGUUGGUCGGUAGACCUUGUGGAACGCGUAGAUCAGAUGAAGCAGUGGGGACAACGCGUGCCAAACGUCUUUUGGCUCUCCGGGUUCACGUACCCGACGGGCUUCCUGAAGAGCCUGCAGCAGCAGCAGGCGCGGCACGACCACAUCUCCAUCGACCAGUACACCUGGGAGUUUAUCGUUCACCCGAGUGACGAGCGCACCGUCGUACACCGCGCCAAGAAGGGGGCGUAUGUUAGGGGCAUCUCUCUUGAGGGUGCCGGGUGGAAUGUGGAGACAAACACGCUGUGUGAGCCCCGCCCGCUGGAACUCAUCGUGCCUAUGCCGAUUAUUCACUUUAAGCCCAAGCUGCGGGACAACAAGCCACGCUCGCCGUCGAUAUACGAGUGUCCACUGUACAUGUACCCGGUCCGCACUGGCACGAGGGAGCGGCCAUCCUUUGUCGUGGCUGUGGACCUUCCCUCCGGCGAGGCGGUGCCCGACCACUACACUAAGCGGGGCACGGCGUUGCUGCUCUCCACGGACGAGUAA